GACGGAUGCUGGGUAAGAGGUGUGUCUGCCGGAGCCGUGCUUGCCACGCAGCAUCCCUGAGCCGAUCUGCAUCGGCGCUUGCCAUCCCUGGCAUGGGCUCUCCUGUCUGGGAUGGGGGCACGAGUGGACACGGACGGAGCUGAGCCUCUCCAUGCGAUGCCAGCACGGUGUCCAGGCUCCCGAGCCCUCACUGCGGGACGAGGACGUCACCCAGCUGCCCGCAGCGAGCCCCUGGCAGGUUCCCCGCCACCGGGCACGGCGAAGCCAGCUCAUUCCCCUGCCGUUUUCCCCUUUUCCUCCCCCUUGUUUGGCUUUUGGCAGCAGAGCCACGGUGGUGGCUGGGGCGCGCAGUGCCGGGGAAGGGCUGCCAAGCGCCAGCAGCCCCCCGGCCCCCCGUGCCAAGGCUGGUGGCUGGCAGAAGGGCUGCCUGUGCCUGGUGGGGCUCCGUCAGCUGCGGGAGGAUCCCUGCGCCGCGCUCGCUGCCAAUUUCCCUGCGAGCUGGCACCGUGAGCGGCUCCGGAGGCACCGGCGGAGAAGGCUGGGGAGGACGGAUUGUGAGAGGGAGAGAGGAAAAAAAACAACUAAUGGACACAUGCCAUCGCGGGAGCGGCGAGGCUGCCGCUGCCAAGGCGCCAGCAGGCAGCGAGGGGCCAAAACCCGCCACGGCGAAGAGAGGAGGGUCUGGCAGCCCGUCCUGGCGCGAGACACAUGGAGGACAGGCAGCGUGGCAGCGGCACGGCAUGGCCAAGGCAGGACGGGUGGCAGACGGUGGAGCCAGAGCGGAGAGAGGUCGGUGCAGGAGCAGCGCUGGAGCCAGCGGUGGACACCAGUGUGCCGGGAGCACUGUGGCUUCACAGCUCUGCUGGAAACCAUGUGAAGGCAAAGGACUCUGGCCAGGACCCCAGACAUCAAACCUGGCUGGCACCGGGGGAAGGAGCUGGCACUGAACCCAGGGAAAGAGAGAUGUUGGCAAUGCUGAGCCCCAGCAUCACCCAGCUCUUCCCUGCUGCUCUGCACCACUGAAGGACCCGGCCUGUUCCCAGCAGCACUCCUGUGCGCAGGGAUGUCCUCGCUGCACCAGCACCAUGAGGACAAACCUCCCUCAGGGUACCUGACCCCAGCACCCAUUGCCUGCCAUGGCAGGGGUCCCAGCAUCCAACUUUGAGGGCAUCAGCAUCUUCCUGGGAGUGGUGUGCAGUAAGGCAAGAGGAGCUGGCCUGUCCCAUCACAUCCUGUCCCAUGCUCAAGCAUCACUAGACAGACUGGUCCAUGCCUGGCUCUCACAGCCAGCCCAUGCAUCACGAAUCCAAGCUGGAGGAGCAGCUCUUCCCAUUCCUGCAUCAGAUACUGGGAUUAAACACAGCACCCUGCUUGUGAGGGACAGACCAUGCUGCAGCCUGGUCCACAAGCAUCCCAUAGAGAAGGAUUGGAAAAGGUGCCUCCAGCAGCUGAAUGGCACCACCGCAGCCCCUCCACCUCAUUCAAACCUCCUGGGGCCGCUAUUCAUGGGACCACAAAGCCCUUUGCCUGCCCCAUACUUCCCAUUGCAGGGCUGGGGCAGGAAUGCUCUCCGUGUUACAGAACGCUCCCCCCAUCUCCCGCUCUCCCCCGUUUUCCUCCGUAUUUCACAGUUCCUGCUUCCUGCACAAGGCAGGGGUCUCCAGGGACUCCAGCCAGAUGUUCUCUGCAGCACACCACAUUGCUUUCCUAAUGAAAUAUUCAUGGAGCCUCUCCGCCUUUUGCCAUGAAAGCCUUCUGCAGCUCCCAGCCAUGGAAACGCUGUGCAGGCAGCAUUCCUGCAAAGCCAUCCCCGCCGGGGUCCCGGCCCAUGCUUCCCGCUCAGCACCUUUCCGCUGCUCCUCCUUCCUCUUCCUCCUCCCGCAGGCAGUGCCGGAGCAGGGGCUUCAUCCCCUCUCUCCUUACAUUGCCAAGGGCACACGCAGAGCCAUGUGCUGGGGAUGCUGGUGUGCCCUCACGGCCAUCACCCACCCCAAGGCAGGGUCCGUGGAUGGC